AUGGGCUCAACAAGACUCUACAGCAAGGGCCGUGUCCUCGGUCACAAGCGCGCAAAGCGCAACACUCGCCCCAACACCUCCCUCCUCCAGAUCGAAGGUGUCGCGACCAAGGAGGAUGCGCAGUUCUAUCUCGGCAAGCGUGUUGCAUAUGUCUACCGGGCAAAGCGAGAGAUUCAGGGCUCGAAAGUGCGGGUAAUCUGGGGCCGCGUGACCCGUCCUCACGGCAACAACGGCGUUGUAAAGUCGAAGUUCAGGUCCAACCUGCCACCACAUGCGUUCGGUGCCAGCGUCCGAGUGAUGCUUUACCCCUCUACCAUUUAA